GUCUUCAACAAUAACCCCUGUUCCACCUAUUACCAUUGUGCAAGAACAGGCUUUGCUUACCUUACAUUGCCAGACUGUGCUAACCCUUACAUUGUCUUCAACAAUAACCCCUGUUCCACCUAUUACCAUUGUGCAAGAACAGGCUUUGCUUACCUUACAUUGCCAGACUGUGCUAACCCUUACAUUGUCUUCAACAAUAACCCCUGUUCCACCUAUUACCAUUGUGCAAGAACAGGCUUUGCUUACCUUACAUUGCCAGACUGUGCUAACCCUUACAUUGUCUUCAACAAUAACCCCUGUUCCACCUAUUACCAUUGUGCAAGAACAGGCUUUGCUUACCUUACAUUGCCAGACUGUGCUAACCCUUACAUUGUCUUCAACAAUAACCCCUGUUCCACCUAUUACCAUUGUGCAAGAACAGGCUUUGCUUACCUUACAUUGCCAGACUGUGCUAACCCUUACAUUGUCUUCAACAAUAACCCCUGUUCCACCUAUUACCAUUGUGCAAGAACAGGCUUUGCUUACCUUACAUUGCCAGACUGUGCUAACCCUUACAUUGUCUUCAACAAUAACCCCUGUUCCACCUAUUACCAUUGUGCAAGAACAGGCUUUGCUUACCUUACAUUGCCAGACUGUGCUAACCCUUACAUUGUCUUCAACAAUAACCCCUGUUCCACCUAUUACCAUUGUGCAAGAACAGGCUUUGCUUACCUUACAUUGCCAGACUGUGCUAACCCUUACAUUGUCUUCAACAAUAACCCCUGUUCCACCUAUUACCAUUGUGCAAGAACAGGCUUUGCUUACCUUACAUUGCCAGACUGUGCUAACCCUUACAUUGUCUUCAACAAUAACCCCUGUUCCACCUAUUACCAUUGUGCAAGAACAGGCUUUGCUUACCUUACAUUUCCAGACU